UUUGCAGUCACCAACAGUCCAAGACUUGCCACGAUAGCCCCAACAGCCUAUGUGGACAAGCCAGCCUGGCUAAUGGGCAUGCCCAUUUUGCUAAGACCCCCUUAUCAAUCCUGGCUCCUAUCCUCUCUCUCCUCUCCCGUCGCCUCUCUCCCUAUCUCUGUCUCUGCUCUAGGACGGAGCCGCCGGCCUCCUCCCCCAAGCUUGCCGCCACCUCGGAGCUCUGCUGUGUUCCCGCACCGACGCAUUGAGGGGAGUGAGGUCUGCUGGGGGUUUUGCCCCGCCGCAUCCAGUGGAGUGUGGUGCGGCGCGGCACCAUGGCUGGUCGGCGGCGACUGCAAGGGGAACCACCACCUGAUUAUGGGCUCGAUGGCAACGAGUUCUCUGUGGAAGUACAUCAUGGGGGAUUUUUCUGUGGAUCUGGAAAAAAUCGGGUUUAUCUAGAUGGCAAGGUGGAUUGGUUUGACCAUAUCAAAGUGCAGUACUGGCGUUUUUCUGGAAUUGAUGAGAUCAAGUUGAUGCUAGAUUAUGGAUUUGAGAAUGUCAAUGUUCACUGGUUGUUGCCUGAGAUGGAUUUGGCUACUGGUUUGCGAAUCGUAGACUCAGAUACAGAAACACUCAUCAUGAAGCAAGUUGCGUAUAAGGUUAAAAACUUUGUGUUGUACUUUGAUCAGUACAAUUCGCUUGAUGACAAUGCCUGGGAAGACAUUGUGUUGAAUCCAGUUGGUGCACUACCCAAAGUGUUAAGUCCUAGGAAGGUGGCACCUCAAAGAGAUGAUGAUGUGGGCAGUGAAGGCAGUGACAGCGCUGGUAGUACAGAUGGGGAAUUUGUAGACAGUGACUAUGAAGUUGAUGAUGGCGAUGAUGACCUAUUUUAUGACAAUGUUGAUGAUGGGGUGCUUGAUGAGGGUGCAGCCAAGGGCAUUGUACUUAGCAAAGGGAAGAAGAGAAAUGCACCAUUUGGCAAAGAGAACAUGCCAACAGAUAAGGAAUGGGAUGAGUUGUCAUCUGAUGAGGAUGAGUUGGAGUUACCAGAUUCUGAUGAAGAGGGUCAGGUUGGGAGGAAUAUGAAGACCUUCAGGCCAGAGGACAUGCAGAACCCUAUUUUCAAAAUUGGAAUGAAGUUUGCAUCAGUAGAAUUGCUCAGAAAGGCUAUUACAGAGUAUAGUAUCAAACAAAGGGUGAAGCAUUCAAAAAUGCAUAUAGCUGCAACAUUUUUCAAAAAUGCAUAUAGCUGCAAUAUUUUUCCUUGUUCUGAUAAGUCUUCUUGGGAAAAAGUUGGAGGUCCAGAAGUGCAGCCACCUAAAUAUGAGAAGAAGGUAGGAAGACCAAGAAAGGCAAGAAGGAGGGCAGCACAUGAAGUUCAAGGUGCAAAUGGUCCAAGGCUAUCCAAACAUGGAGUCACCAUACACUGCAGACAUUGUGGAGAACCUGGUCAUAACUCAGCUACAUGUGCAGCAAAGAAGGCAGGACUACCAGCUGUUAAGAAAACAAAAGGAGCAACUACAACUACAACUACAGCUGAGCCAGAGCAGCAACCAAUUUAUGAAGAAGAAUAUUCUCAGGAGGUGAGUCACCCUGAAUCACAUACCCUGCUGUCCCAAAUGGAGAACCCCAUGGUGUCACAACUACUAGAUGAGGCUUCACAGAAUCUGAGGCAAACUCCAAGCAGUCAACCCUUGCUAGACUCUCACUACAUCAUCUCCAAUCUCCCACCAGCAAGGCAUGCUCCACUUACAACAGCAACAAAGGCUGGAAGGACCAAGAAAGUGAAGAAGAACACUACUGGCUCUAGUAAGAAGACAGUGAAGGCCAAGAAAGGAAAGGGUCAAUCUGGAGGGUAG